AUGAAUUCGAUGUAUGGGUCACCAUUCCCCAAGUUAAAUCCCAAAGUUCGUUACAGAACUGCCUUGGAAAGAGCUGGUUUCGAUGUCAAUUUCAAUGGCGAAUUACCACGUCAAAAUAAUAACAAUAAUAAUGGGAAUAUUUCUCCACCAACUAUUUCCCAUCUAUCUAAUAAUAGUAGCAACCUUAAAGAUCAAUCGAUGUUGAGGACUCAAAGUAAUAAUAUAGCUACAGACAUGAAUAGGUAUAAUAAUCCAAGACAGAGAAACGGUAAUGCUAAUAAUACAAAUAAUAAUGGCUCAUUCAACAAAUUAUCUAAUAAUAGAUCUACACCUACUUUAUCCAAUAAUAAAUCUCAUUCACCUUCGAAUAAUAACGUUCCACCUUUACCAAGACCAAAUCAAAAAAAUAUUAAUAUGGGACAAAAUCCAUUUGGUAACGUUUCUUCAAGUUCAUUAUUGACUAAUUCUACUUUUUAUACAGUACAAACACAUAGCAAGAGUGAUGAUGUUAUCUCUAUGAUUAAUGAUAAAUUGGAUAGAUCUGAGUAUUCGUUAAGACAAGAAAUUACAAGUAGUAACAAGAAUAUUAUUAGUCCCACCGAAUCUGAUAGGGAAAGAGAUAAGACAUUUAAUGAUUUAUCAAGCAAGAGAUCAGGGUCUAUAUCCAAUUUUAGCAUCAAUCAAACAGAACCUUUGGAAAGAGAUCAAGAACAUGAACAUAAUAAGGCAUCAUCUAUUCAUGUCCAUAGUUCUUAUUCCAAUCAUUCUUUUGAUCGUAUAUCCAAUAGAACAAAUUCAAUAAGUAAUGCUUCUUUAAGAACAAAUAACCAAAUGCAUAGCCAAUCACCCACAUCUAUUCCAUCUUCUAAAUCUUUUGGUAAUAAUCAUUCAUCAUUAUCGUCAUCAUCUGUAGCAGCCAAUGAUCAUGCACAAUCACAAAGUCUCAAUUCCACUGGUACUCAUGCACAUUCAAACUUAUCAGAUCCUUCAUUUGGGUUCCAUCGUGAUGCUAAUAAAUAUGAUAAUAUUAAAAGUCCCAUUUCUGAUGAUAAUAGUUUGAACUUCCAACCUGCGGAACAAUUAAAUUCUGAACCAAUUAGAGAGUUGGAAUCUGCAAGGGAAAUAGAACCCAGUAGAGAAUUAAAUUUUGAACCUGAAAUGGGAUUAAACAUUAAAUCUGAUAAACAUUCAAACGCAUCAUCAUCGGGUACAAGACAUGACGCUGAUGAAGAUUUAAACUUCGAACCAAAUGAAAGUUUGAAUGCUAGUUUAAAUGCCAGUUUACGUGACAAAUCCAAGGAUAAUUUAGCAAACCAAUUUGAAAAUGAUAUGAAAGAACAUGAAUUGAUGGAUCAAUCCAAGAACUUAUUUUCUAAUGAUUCUCCUAAAGGUAAAUCUUCUCCACACAAAUUGGAUAAUUCAAUGAAUGAUGAUAUGGAACUUGAUUUCACGCAUGGGCCAAUGACUGAUUAUGAGUAUAACUUCAAAACAGUACAAUCUACUCAACAAGAAUUAGUUAAAGAAUUAAAACAAAGUUUAAACAUCGAAUCUUCAGAUAUAAAACCUGUUGAAUCUAAUUCUUAUUCGGAUGAAGAUGAAGAAUAUGAAAAUGAAAAUAAUGAGAAUGAAACCAGCAGAAUGAUGUUUGAAGAAAGUACAGAUAGUACAGCCCCAUUAUCUAUUAAUACCAAUGUUAAAAGAAAUUUGCCAUUGAAUAACACAAAUGAAAAUAACUCAUCUAAUGCAAAUGGCAAUGAUUCUAAUAACGUGAAACAAAAUGAAUCUGUUGAUGAAAUCUUACCAACUCCUAACAAGCAAGUAGAAAAAUUAUUGGAACAAUUUGCUACAGUAUCAUCAUCAAGAGAAGAAACUUUGAAUCCCGACGUGGAACCCGUUAAAAAUGAGCCAGAUACAAAUUCACCAAAUAAAGGAAGAAGAUUAGGAGAUACUAAAAAAGUCCCUAAUUUAAAGAAAUCUAGUGCAUAUUUAUCGGGGUAUCCAAUUAUUAGAAAUCCAUUAGAAUAUGAUGCAUCAUUACCUUUACCAACAUUUGAUUCAAACGAAUAUAAUAAUGCAGAUUCAUUAAGUAAAUCGACCACUAUUAAUUCUGCUGAUGAUAGUUUUGCUACUACACCUAUUGUUAAUAAUUAUAACGCAUCAAAGGAAAUAGCUAAUAAGAAAUUACAAGCUAAAUUGAAUGGUGCAGAUGAAAAUGAAAAUGAGAAUGAAAAUGAAAAUGAAAAUGAGAAUGAAAAUGAAAAUGAAAAUGAAAAUGAAAAUGAAAAUGCAAUUAAAACUAAUAUUCCAGAAGCAGAUAUUAGUAUUGAUACAACUGCAAUUCUAAACGCAAAUGAAGAAAAGGCAGAUAUUAGUAUUGAUACAAGUGCCAUUAUUAAUGCCAACGCUAAUCAAUCAUUUGAAUCUAAUAAUGGUACGAACUUGCCCAGUAUUGUCAUUGAUACAAAUACAAAUGAAAAUGAAAAUAACACUUUGAAGAUGGAUGAUGGUAAUAAUACAAUCGGCAGUGAGAAUAAUUAUCACAAUAACACUAUUAUUACUAAUGAUACUAAUAACAAUACAUUCACAAGUGAUACGCCGAUUUUUUACAAGUUUGAACAUAAACAUCCUCUUGAGCAAUUUGAUAAUGAAGAUUUGAUUCAAAAAGGUGUCACUGGUAAUGAAAAUAGAUAUUCAUUCAAUCAUACUCCACCUAUUGGCACUUCAAUGAAUAAUAAGGUAAUGGAAACCCCACCAACAAUUGAAUCAGUACAUUUAUCACAUAAAGUUAGUAUUGACAAUAGUGAACCAUCAAGUCAAUCUGUAACACCAAGUCGGAAUUCAUUACAAAGACAAAUCAGUGAGCAGAACGUCAAUAUUGAUACAAAUCAAUCUCAUUCCACCACAGUGGAAGAAACUGAACAAGAGGAAUUCAAAUAUCCACCAGGCCAAGGUCCAUGUAGAGGAUGUGGGUUAAUAGUCGACACAAAACCCAUCUUUUCCAAAAACGAAGGUGAAUUAUCGGGUCAAUGGCACCGCCAUUGUUUCAAAUGUAUCACCUGUGACCAGAGAUUCAACAAAAAGAUUCCUUGCUACAUCUUAAACGAUCAACCAUACUGCAAACAACAUUACCAUGAAAAAAACGGCAGUCUUUGCCAAGUAUGUAAUAAGCCAAUCGAGGGAGAAUGUCUUGAGAAUGACAACAAAGAACGGUUCCAUGUGGAUUGUUUGAUCUGUUUUAUCUGUCACAAUCCUAUCCGUAACGACUAUUACCUAUUCAACACUGAAGUGCCAAUCUGUGACAAGCAUGACUUGGAAUCAUUGGUAAGAACUGGACUCGAUGGUAUUUUCCAGGACACUGAUAACGGUGAACUCAACACGGUAACCAAGAGACGCACAAGACUAAUCAAUUUCGACGAAACUCAAUAG